GAGAAAUCAAAUAUUUUUGACAUUCUCUAGCGACGACGUCUCCUUCUUCUCCUUCUUCUUGACAUCUUUGUUUGUAUUGUUUGUAAGGGGACUUUUCUGUGCCGUAUACCGUUAAACCGUGCUAAGACUGUGCGAAAUCGUACACGAAAUCGAAAAAAGAUCGAUGAACUGUCAUUCCUAUUAUUCUCAAGAAACCCAAGCGAUAUCGCGCGCGCGCGCGCGCGCGUGUGUGUGCGUGUGUAUAAGCCACGCGACUGACGCGACUAUUCACGCCAUUCACUCAUACGCAUACGACGGACGGCGACGGGCGACGACCAGUCGUUUCGAGCUUCGAGCUUCGACGCCUCCGACUCCGAAGUACGAGGUUCGAGGUCCGAGUUACGAGACUUCCGAGUCGUGGAUGGUCGUGGUGGAGUAGUGGAGUAGUUUCAACAUGGAGAAGAAACAACGUUGCGACUGCUCUCGCGCAAAGUGGUUGUAAACACAGCUCGAAUCUCGAGUCUCGAGUCAUCGGAGUGGAGUCGUCGAUUGUAUUCUGCAAUCCGCUGGAUCUGUUUGUUCCACCACGUGAAUGGUUUCGACGUGAGAACGUGCAAUGGCAAAAUCUGUGCUAAGUUCCGACACGCUGCCGAAGGCGGGUCGUGUAAACGAAGUGUGCCGCGAAUGGCUGGUGCACGAGGACGGGGCACUGGCCUAUCGACUUCAGGAUGAAGAAAUCAAGGAACAUUACACCGGCAACAAAACGCGUAAUGCACAGGUGAGAGAAGAUUUGCCGCGAGCCAGAGUCGAACAGGAAUUGGAAGCACUGAGAUAUCAAACUUACGUUCAACAACAGGAAGAAAGAGACGCGCUUGUUGCGAGGCAGAUUGCCCUAUCUCUGGAGCGAGAGGAGAGACAGAGAGAGCGCGACGUGCAAGAAAGGAUGAGAUUACAACUGAGAUUAGGAGAUGAAGCUAUGCAGCGAGAGUUUGAGAGACGUAUGCAAGAAGAAAAGGAUGAGGAACUGGCGAAGAAGUUGCAACAAGAAGAAGAAGAAGAUCACGACGAUCCAGAAGACGAGCGAUUAAUGUUGGAUCAAAAAUUGGCGAUGGAGGCGCAGGAUGCUGAAUUGGCGCGAAUGCUUCAGGAGAAGGAGCGUACGAAAGCUCGUAAAGCGCGAGAGAGGGCAAGGCAGAAGAAGCUAGAGCGGGAGCGUCUGCAACUGCAACAACAACAACAGCAACAGGCAGAUGAACAGAAUCUCACGGAACGACCUCAAAGACCAGACAGGCUGGACUUGAAGACUGUGUCGAUCAAGAAUCGAGGCCGUUAUUCUGCCAAUUAUUCUCAGUAUUCGGAUCCCGAGGAAAUCCAGACGCUAGACACCGUUGACACGAUGCGAGAAAUGACAAAUGUCGCAGCCAUUAUUGAUCCUACUUACCAUGUUCAUCGAGGUACCUCGAGCAGCUCGAGCAGCACGAUAAGCCCCACUUACGUUUUGCCGACGCCACCACAGGAGCUAAUGACGGAUGAGGUACCGUGUUACAUGCCGAUUCAAGGCCAACGACGAAAUCAGGCUCAAUCACCGUCUAACGCGCAUGAGGAAAAGCAUAAACGGCGAGUUAAAGACGGAUGUAAGCAUCAGUAAAAGUUUUGAGGGGGAGGGAGAGAGAGAGGUAUUUUUUAUUUAAAAAUUCGACUUUUUCUCAUUACCAUCAAACGAUGGCAUAAAUUAGUAAAUAUUUAUUUCUUAAGUCUGUCUAUAGCCGGUAUUCAUAGUCAGAUCUUAUAUAUAAGAUCUGACUAUGAAUAACGGCCUAUAAAGAGAUGCAAUUUUGUUACGUAUUGAGCAAUAUUGAUAAUACAUUUAUUUAAUAUAUUUGCAUGUACUUUCGCAAAACGUGUGUGUGAAUUUCAAGAUUUUACGAUUAUUCAUAUUAAUAGAAUAUAUUGCCAUAUUACGUGAUGAUGUAAACCAAUGUACUGCCAUACAUUGCACAAAGUAUAAUGUGCCUUUUAAGGGCAUUUAAAGGAAUUUAAGAGCCUUAACUUCAAAAAUUAAUGAAUUACUCAUAUACAUAUAUACAUUAUAUACAUAUAUAUAUACACACGAGAUUACAAUUGCUGAUAUCCGAAGGGAUAGAUUGUACCGUCCUCGAUUUUCUUGUUACAUUUCUUGGUAGCACUGGGGGGGGGGGAAUAAAUAUUAUUUUUAAUGUUAACACGCUUCUCAGUGUUCAAAUUUUCGACAUUUUUAGCAUAGAAUAAAAGCAAAAAGAUAUCUUAGACAAUAAGAGAACGAUUUGUAACAUAUAUUUUUCAACUUGAUGCAUUUAUAUGUAACGAGUAAGCAAUGACGGUGUACAAAUACUUAUACACUGCAAGAGUUCAUCAUAAAAUUUCAUAAUUUGCCCAUAGAUGGGUCAGAUGGUACAGUGUGUAAUUGAAACGCAUGAGCAGAUUAUGAAAGAUUGAAAAAUUGUAAAAACUUUUUUCCAACGCAUUCUUUAUUGUUUAGUUAAGUGAUUACGUUUAAAAGAAUCUCUCGUGUUUUCGAUACGUUCAAACUUGCUCUUCUAAUGCCCGUAUCACACUAGCGAUUGGCGAUUGCGUUUACGUUUGCGUCUACGUCUUUUGACCAAUCAGAACGGAAAUCGCGAAUCGCACGCGCCAGCAGCUAGUUUCUGAGUGGUCAAGAGACGUAAACGCAAACGUAGACGCAAUCGCCAAUCGCUAGUGUAAUACGGGCAUAAAAUAUAAUCAUAUGUAUCCGCUACACAUAUUUAUCACUGCUACAAGGGUUCUUUAUAGCAUGCGUGCUUAAUUUGAUAAUAAAUCGCGCCUACUUAAAAUUCUUUUGUAGUUAGUAAGGUAGAACGUAAAAAAUGACAACACUGCCAAAGAUAACACUUUAAUGUUGCCCUUUAGAAAAACGUUAAUAAAGUUGAUAAAGAAAAUGUGAACACAUAUGUACGCAUUACGUAUGUGUAAAGAUCUAGGUCGAACGAGUCUUAUGCCCGUGUCACACUAGCGAUUGGCAAUUGCGUCUACGUUUACGUUUACUUUUCUUCAAUCAGAAAGUAGCUGCUGGCGCGUGCGAUUCGCGAUUUCCGUUCUGAUUGGUCAAAAUACGUAAACGCAAACGUAAACGCAAUCGUCAAUCGCUAGUGAUACGGGCAUUUUACGUACUGCAAUGUUUUCUAAACUAUGAAACAUAUGAGCAAGUUUCUAAAAUGUUUAGGUAUAUUGUCAAUUGUAAUAUAUCGAAGAGAAGUAUUAGAAUGCAGAAUUGUGUUACGAAGGGUACGGUCGUUACAUUUUCCUUCCAGAAAGAAAAGAAAAGGAAAAACAUCUCUUUAAUUACUUGCAAUUUUAAAAUAACACAUCUAUGAAGCGCUUAGAAUUUAUUUAUUAUUAAUUCUCCGUCAUUAUAUAAAGGAUGUACAUGGAUUUAUUGUAUGUACAAUGUAUUAUUUACUAACUUGUAUAAGGACUGUGUUCAAAAGAAUAAGAAUCUCUAUUGAUAGUUUUUCCAAGCGAUAUUCCAUUAGAAUAUAUGAAUUCCUUUUGUAACAAUUAUGCGUUAUUUGUGGUGAGUGGAGUUUUCUCUCGUUUAAUACUAUCAUAUAUUACCUUUUACAUUUAUUGUAUCAAUACAACUAUACAUGAGUAUGUUAAUAAAUUAUUUACAAAGA